GAUAUUCUUAGCUGCCAAAAUCUGAAACCAGCCCAUCAACCAUUUCCAUACAUAUUUAGACAGUCAAUCUAAUCGAAGUGCUUCACUUGUGAGGGCAGAAGGGGCGUGAGGCGCACAGAUCCACGAGGGAUAAUGGGCUCAGGUGUCGACAGAUGUUACAGCUUCUGAGUGAGAGAAUCUGGCUGAAACUACAAAUCCACAAAGAAGAGAGGGGGCAGUUAUUGUUUGCAAAGGCUAGGAGCAGAUUUUGGUGCAGAAUGUCAGACUCCCCGACAUUUUCCCACAGUAGAGUAAAGUCUCAAGAAUCAACGCCUCAGGCCAGCCUACACACCUGUGAGCCCUGUGGGACCUCCUGCCAGCAGAUGGCAGAAUCUCAGACUAAAGAGGAAAGGGACGAUUGCUUCACCCAGCAAGAGAGCAACGCCUUCAGCUUGAACAGGAGGCACAGCUCUGAUGGGCCCAUUGGUUCAGGGCCAGGAUCAGCUCCAGGACGAGGCCCCGUUGACUCCGACCGUUUCCAUCCGUACCGUCGACAGUUCAGCGAUGGCGCGGUGCCGGCUGCAGGUUGCCUCCAACAAUGUUCGUCUUCCUUCAGCUGUCUGCAGGAGGAGUGCAGCCCUGACACUCGUUCACACAGCUCGAGUGGCGAAGUACCAACAUCAUGGGACCAGUACAGCGGCAGCGUUCAGAGUUCGUACCCAGAGCUACCGGCUCUACCAGUAGAGCCCUCCUGCUUCCUGUCUCAAAGCUAUCCAUCCUACGGCUCAUCAAGCCCUCAACAACACGUCUCAUCUAGACUGUAUCCCCAUAAUGAUCACUCCAGCAGCUCAAAAUAUUCUCUCCAAUGUCUCACCACUCAAUCACACCAGGAGAGCAGCAAACAGUCCCUCUUCCCCAAGCCCAUCUACUCAUACAGCAUCUUGAUCUUCUUGGCUCUGAAGAACAGUAAAACAGGAAGCCUGCCAGUCAGUGAGAUCUACAGCUUCAUGACUGAACACUUCCCCUAUUUCAAGUCGGCUCCUGAUGGAUGGAAGAACUCUGUGCGUCACAACCUCUCCCUGAACAAGUGCUUUGAGAAGGUGGAGAACAAAAAUGGGAACUCGUCCCGUAAAGGCUGUCUGUGGGCUCUCAAUCCAGCCAAGGUGGAGAAAAUGCAAGAGGAGCUGCACAAGUGGCGUCGCAAGGACCCCGUCACUGUUCGCAGGAGCAUGGCGAGGCCAGAGGACCUUGAUUGUCUAAUGGGAGAGAGACUAGACAAGCUCAGGUCUUUGCCACCUUACACCAACCCAGCUUUGUUAUCCCGAGUGGCUCCUAUCUACGGCGCCACCUCGUCAUCUUGCACCCCAGCCCAGCUUCGACCACCCUGCCUACCCAUUCGUCGUCCACAUUACGCCCACGUCCAACCUCAGCAGCCCUGCUACCUGCCUCCCGCCGCCGCUCACCCCAGCAACUCAUUUGCCCUGUACUCACCCUGUGGACAGCAGCCUGCAGCUGGCGUCCCAUCAGCCACUGGGAGCUUGCACUCCCCCAUGGCUGGUAAGAUGCCACCUGUUUACAAUGAGUACUCCAGGAGCAUGCAGGACUUGCUGUUGGAGGGAGACGCCAGUUAUGACAUCGACACGCUCAACCCCAGUCUGACUGACCUGCAGCUGCAAGGUAACAUGUGGGAGGAGUUACGGCAGGACAGCCUGGUGUCUGAUCCGCAAGUCACCACCGUGACCCCGUCCACGACCUCUGCCCUGCAGGACUACCGCGCCCAGGCCAGCUACCUGCAGGUCUCCUCUCCUGGUCGACGAAAAGCAGAGUAUGAGGAUGAAAACACGGGCAGAAACUUUGAGCAGCACGGCUGUUUGAACGGGCUGCAUCCUGUGGUUUAUUCAGGGGUGGAGAGUCUGGCCGGGUGCCUGACCUCCUGCACUGCAUCGGUCUCCUUAAUGUAAACACCUAAAACUCCCUCACCGUUAAUGUUCCACAUUAACCUUAAGCAGCUUCAUGCCACAGUAUUAGCUUGGUGGUUAUUUAAACCAUCAAAUCCUCUGUUUACCACCGUGUGACAGGCUGUGGAGGAAAUAGUUGUAUCUUUUUUUGUCUGUUUCAACACACAUUUCUUCCCCCACCAUUUAUUUAUUUGCUCCUGUUGUGAGUUAGCAAAUGGUAAUAAUAAUUAAAUUGCUUUAUUGGUUAUCUAUUUCCAAGGGUUUAAUUUCUCCAUAUUAGAGUGUAAAAAACAUACGAGGAUUUCCUCUGCUUAAGCACCUUACAUUCAAACAAAUGUACAGUCGCCUGGAUUAUCCUGCUGUGUUAAUGUGAAAAAAAACUGAUUAAAAUUCACCUUUUUAAUGUU